AUUCGACUUAAAAAUGAGAAAUAAAUAAUCAAAUGAAUAGAAGAAAGAAUGAACAAAACAAUAAUGCAUAUGAAAGGAUUUUAGAAAUUAAAAAGAGGAUUUAUAAAACAUAGACUUAAUUCCAAUUAAGCCUCUGGCAUCCUAUGUAAAAUAAUUGUAUUAAAUAUUUAAGGUUCAUGUACAAUGUUUAUCUUAACUUCAAUUUUAUUUGCUUGCCACCAGGUUUCUAAUAAAAAUUCAAGUUGAUCAAGCCUAGGAAAAUUAAAAAUUGGAUAGAUGAUAUUCCGAUCUUGGUUGGCGUUGAUGACUUUGAAUAAAGAGAGUAAUACAUUGUUCGCUAUUUUUUAGAACUUGUGCAAUUUGUCUUUUAGACUUAAACGAAAAAAAUAUUAUCAAAAUACUAAAAUGUAAUCAUUUUUUCCAUUAAGAAUGUAUAAAAGAAUGGUUGUAACUCAAAGCGGAAUGCCCCACUUGUAGGGAUGAAAUGCAAAAAUGA